CGGGUAUAUAGAUAGAGGACCGGUCUUGUUGUGACCUGCCGUCCCUGCUCUUGACCAUCGCUAUAAAUAGAAGAGGUAAUCCUACCUAUGAUCUUCAUUUCGCUGUGUCAAGGUCUCUCUACUCACGUGUCGAUCAGCUGACUGAAAGCAAGAGCGAAUUGAAGAAAUGAAGACGUGGAUCAUCGCAAUAUUUGCCACAGUCCAGAUCGCAUUGUGUUGGGGAUGUAUGAGAAGAGGCGUCGAAUGCAUUGAUUAUGAAGUUAUAACUAGGAAUCCUGAAUAUGAAGAACGCCAAUACCCAGCUACAGUCUGGGUGAGCGCACGAGAGACUGGACCUUCCUUAUCUAGAGCACAAAUCAAUCUCUACAAGAAACUAUUCCGGUACAUUCAAGGUGACAAUCUCAAAGGUGCAUUUAUUAACAGCACAACACCAACAAGGACGAAGGUAGUACCAUGCAGAGAGGACUCAGUAUGCGAACCGACUUACACUAUGUCUUUGCUGAUUCCAAGCGCUCUCUACAAUGACCUUUUCCCUAUUCCCACUGAUGUGGAUCUGUUUUUUGAGAGAGAACCACCUAAGAGAUAUGUUGUCAGGAGCUUUGGUGGGCGACCAAGUGAAUCCCAAUGGAUCGUUGAGGCUCAGAAGUUGGCUGACCUGUCUUUGAAGGAACCAGGAGUUGCCAGGGAUCAUUAUUAUCUCAACUGGUACGAUCCCCCUCUUCAACUUUUCAAUCGCCUUAACGAAGUCUGGAUUCCCAAAUCAGUCAACGUGAAAAACAACAACCAGAAGAAAGAAAUAAAGGAUCAGAAUGAUCUCAACGAAGUCUGCUGAGAGGCUUAAACACCUUGUUCAAAUUUAUUAUUCAUUCUUUCUCUACCCACCGUAUCUUCAAAGGACUGAGGAAUUUUAUCUUUUUGAUUGAAUUUAGAUACAAAAGCUUUUCGCCAAUCCUGUGGAAAUGAAUGGAUAUUUAUCUUUUAAUCUCUGAAAUUCCAUAAUGGACUAGGAUUGAGAAGAAGUUUUAACUACCUUCCUUGCAAACUCCAAGCGUAUAAAUUCAUUCUAACGUUAACGUUCCACUCGGGCUACAUUUUCUUCAUAUAUGCAUUCGCGGAUUUGUUGAAAUGGCAAACGCUUUCGCUGCUUUCUAAUGGACAGAUUUCUUGGACGAAGGUUUUAUAAUUUUACAGUAUUCGAGACUUUAUUUAUCUCCCUAGCACUUAUAACAACAAAGGUAUUAUAAGUGUAGUGUUCUCAGAAAUGACUAUUUGCUCCGAUUAUUAUACUAAAAUGAUUACUGUCAAGUUUCACAAAAAAUUUUGAACCUCAUCAGUAUUUAUAUUUAGAACAGUUCUGAUGUUUGUUUUUGUGUUAUGACUGUUGUUGUCUGUAGUGAGUUUUUUAUAUUUAUUAUUAAAUAGGCAUCAUUGAUUUGAAUGAUGAAAAAACUACUUAAUGCAGGUCAUUUAGUAUCAUCAUAUUUUUCAUGUAUCAAUAAACACAAUUGUUUUUAGUA